AUGCCUCCAGGUCCUCCUCGUCUUCCUUUCAUUGGAAGUCUUUUACACAUGCCCAAAAGCCAUCCAUGGAAGACAUACACCCGUUGGGCAAAGGAGCAUGGAAAGGAUAUCACGCAUAUCGAUGUGCUAGGAAGCCACAUUCUAGUAAUAAACACCGCUAAAGCCGCGUUUGAACUAUUCGAGAGAAGAGGCCUGUUGUAUGCAGACAAACCGCCCUUGUACUUCUUGAACAAAGUUAUUGGAUUCGAUUGGGUGAUGGGAUUUCAGGGAUACAGCCCGCGUUGGCGAGAGUUCCGGAAAUACUUUCAUCAGUCCUUCAAUCAGACUGCAGCCCAGAGCUUCCGCCCGUUAUUGCUCGGCGCCACUCACGAGCUUCUGAGAAGACUCUUGGACGAGCCCGAUGACUUCCUAGAUCAUCUUCGACAAACGGCAGGAAGAGUCAUCCUUUUGAUCGCCUAUGGCAUCGAUGCCAAAUCAAAAGACGAUCCACACAUCCAAACAGCCGAACGAGGCCUGCAGGCAGUUGCAUUUGGAGCACACAUUCGCGGCCAGCUUUUCGAUUUCUUCCCUCUGUUAUUGCGACUGCCGUCAUGGUUCCCCGGUGCAACAUACAAGGCUGAAGCAAAGCCGUGGAAGAAGUACGCAGAGGCGAUGAUCGAAGACCCAUAUCGAGCCUCGAAAGCCGCGUUUACAAAUGGUACGGCACCACCGAACGUAACGGCUUCUCUUUUGAGCCAGCUCGAUAGCAAGCCUUCUCCGAUCACGGAGGAUAUGGUGAAGCUUGUCCCUGCGAAUAUGUACCUUGCCGGCACGGAUACGUCUGUGUCUGCCCUCGGAACAUUCUUGUUGGCGAUGACGCUCUAUCCUCAGGCACAACGGAGAGCUCAAGCAGAGAUAGACGCAGUCAUUGGGGAGGGCGGGCGUCUUCCAGAUUUCUCCGACGAGGCCUCCCUUCCCUAUGUGGGUGCGGUCGUGAAAGAAGUCCUGAGGUGGAGGCCUGUUGGCCCGUUGGCACUUCCACACUGUCUGACUCAAGACGACACCUACGAUGGGUACUUCUUGAAAGGUGGAAGCUGGGUGAUUGGGAAUACUUGGGCAAUCUUCCAUGAUGAAUCCAUCUACCCAGAUCCCGACACCUUUAGCCCUGAACGGUACUUCGACAAUCCAGCCCUACCAUACCCGAACGAAGCGUUCGGCUACGGGCGGCGCUGGUGUGCCGGCAAGUGGAUGGCUAUAGACAACUUGUGGAUCACGGUAGUUUCAGUGUUGGCGACUAUGAACGUUGAAAAGGCGAGGGAUGAAUUUGGGAGGGAGAUUGUGCCGAAGGAUGAGUACACGACAGGUUUUGUCGUGUAA